CGUAUGUAGGUGCAUUCGAUCAUUUCUCAAUUCACCUCUCCUAAGCAGCAUCAACUUCCUCUCGACCAUUUCCGGCGACAUUCAGCGAUUCGAUCACUCUUGUGGGCUGUACUCUCAACUCUGGUUAUACUCCUCGCACCCACGGGUGUUACUUCAUCCGACUAGGAAACCUCGAGGAAGAACUGGAAGUUUGGUCCCACCUUCCCGGUUCAUGCGCCGCUGGCAGAGUACGAUGAUGAAUAAGAGACGAAGUUUACGAGGCGAUACCACCAAGAUUGACACUAAACAGGCCAACACGGAUGAUGAAGAGCGAGCGGUAUCUUUAUCAAACAUUGUGGAGCGUGCGAAGACAGCUCUGAACGGGGCCAAGGCCACUGCGUCAGUUAAAGCGAAAAAAUUGUCAGAACCGAUUCUGGAGCGCUUGCUUAAAAUACUUUACAAAAAGGGAGAGACGCCCGUUAGCAUUAGAGCUAAGCUUAUGGGAGGGGGCAGUGACGACAACAGAUUUGCUCGUAUGUGCAAAACUUGGUCGGAGAACGUUCGCGCGAAAACGAAUGCUCCUCAGUAG